AUGUCUAUGCCUAACAUGCUACACAGCUUGCUUGCACUGAGCAACAUUUGUUGUUGGAACAUGGCAGCGUUAAGACUCUUGCUUUUGCUGCCUGCAGCUGGAGCAGUGUGCAUUCCAUUUGAAGCAAACUGCUGCCACAUCAAUCCCAAGCAUGACCCAGAUUAUGAUCACUUCAAGGGGGAUCCGAGCGACCAAGUGCCUGGUUGGGAGGUGGUGGAUCUGAAUCUUCCGCCAGCUGAGCGCUGGCGAAGACUGGUGACACCAGCCGCCCCAGCGAUAAGGACAAUGGUCACACACUUCAAGGCCUUGCUAGGUCGGAUCUCUCAAGACAUUUUCAAGCUACUCGAGGAUCUCUCCAAGGUGCAGGAGAUGUGUGAUCGAGUGCUUGAAGACAUGGGUGAGUACGGCCUCGAGAUUCGUGGCAUUGCAAAUGCCACAGGCAUUCGAGUGGUGGACAUGCUGGUCUACAACAUCGCGUACGAGUUGGAAGGUGGUUGCACCUCUAUCGUUGCGCAAGAUGACCACGGCCAUCUUAUUCAUGGUAGGAAUCUGGACUUCGGUCUAUUCCUUGGCGAGGAUUGGAAGCACCUUCAGUGGACGCUCACAGAGGAUUUGCGGCCGCUCUUGCGGAAUGUUCGCUUCGUGCGAGACAAUCACACCGUCUACAACUCCACGGUCUUUUUGGGUUAUGUAGGCACUCUGACAGCAGUGAAGCACAGUGCAUUCUCGGUCAGCGUGAACACCAGGUAUGACAAGUCUGAUUGGGCUGCGCUAAGAGCCUUCUUGGAAGGCAAAGGAAGUGGCAAUUUCUUGUCCUUGUUGCUCCGAGAUGUGAUGGUCAGCAACCAUUCCUUCGCGGAGGCUUUGGCAACGGUGAGAUCAGCUAAGAUUCUGGGCCCAGCAUAUGUGAUUCUAGGUGGAACUCAAGCUGGUGAAGGUGCUGUGCUAGAGCGGGGAGCAACCUCAGUGGUGAACCAGACCCUGCUCAGCGACGUUGCACGCCAGGGAAUCAACUCUGUGGUGCAAACCAACUGGGACUACAACCAAGAUCCCUUUUAUGACAACCGGCGCAGCCCUGCAGAGCAUUGCCUGCGAGAACGGUUCAAUGACCACAUUGAUUUCAAAGGCAUGUUCUCUGUGCUCGCGGCCCACCCUAACCGCAAUCGCCUCACCACCUACACUGCGCUGAUGAGCGCACAGUCGGGUGACUUCGAGGUGCGCGAGCUUACGCUCACCGUUGAGAAGCUCACAGUGGAAAAUGCCAAUAGACGGAAGGAGCUGGAUGAUCUGAUCACUGACACCCAGGCUAAACAAAUGGAGCUUGACAAGACGGCAGAGCUUUUCCGCCAGCUGCAUGAUGAUAGAAAGAAGAUCAUUGAGCAGUGGGAAGAAUCAGUCAAGAGUAUGAAGAGCCGCGAUUCUCAACUUGAGCGUUUGGGAGAGGAGUACGCUGCCAACAUGUCCCGGAAAAAGGUCAAAGAAGACAAAAUGAAGGAACGGCGGCAGUUCCACGAAGACAUUGAGGGAGAGAACGAGAAGAUGGAGCAGACAAUCCAACAGACAGAUCGACAACUUGUUCGCAUGCGAAUGGACUACAUGGAAGCAAAGACAUCCCUCACUGGCUUCAAGGAUGAGGUCGAAGUGAUGAAAAACCAGCUGAAUGCUUGCAUCUCGGAGAAACUCAACACGCAGAAUCAGCACGAGGUUGGUGCAAAGCGGCUGGAGCAACGUAAAGAGAAGCACGACCAGGCAUACAAAAGCCUGGAUGGACACAAGAAGGCUCUUCAAGAGCACCAACAGACCAGAAGAAGCAAAGAGCAAAUGAGCCAAGAUGCAGAGAAAGCCAGGCAAGACAUGCUCAACAACAUGAAGAUGGUCGAAAAGGAGAUGAAGGCUGCAAAGGAAAGCCACUACAAAGAGAGCCAAGAGCUGUAUAGGCUUCGAGCGGAGGAGGCCACAACUCUUGGAGCUAUCAGUGGGUCACAGUCCGCCAUCAAAAACCUGCAGCUCCAGAUCAGCAAGCUGGAUCAAGAGCGCCAGCGUCAACAGGAGCUGCUUUAUGCUGUUGACUUCCAGUCCCAGCUCAUGCAGCGCAAGGUGGCACGGGUCUCAGGGGAGCGGACCAUUGAAGAGAAGGAAGAGCACAAUCGAAAGGAUGCUGAGCUGAAGAACUCCCAGAGAAACCUCACGAACGUGAAGAGGGACUGCGAGGCCAUGAAGACCACCAUGGAAGAGCUUGAGCUCCAAAACACCAUCAUGAAUCGUGCUGUCUCAAAAGUGGUGAAGGACAAGGAGGAAUCCUUGAUGCAGCAUGACAUCCUGAAACUGGAGGUCAAGCGGUUGAAGCAGCAGCUGACGCAGAAGACGGAGAAUUUGUACAGUUUAGAGAACCGAAAGCAGCAGCUUCAGAUCAGCAUGGAGGAAAGAGAGAAAGAAAUCGAAGUCCAUACAGAGGUGCUGCGAGCGCAGAUCCGUGCGGCCGAGGACGAGAAGCACAAGGCAGCCAUUGAGCUGGCGGAACGAAAGCAGAAGAUAUUCACCUUGAAGAGCAAGUAUGACAAUGUCAUGUGCAAGGUGAAGAAAGAAGAUGGAGAGGAGCAGAAGAGCCAAGCUCAUUACAUGAUCAAGGCAGCUCAGGAGAAGGAGGAGCUGCAACGUAAGGGUGAUGAGCUGGAUGACAAGAUCCGCCGGGCCGAAAAGGAAAUCCGAUCCUUGGAGAACACCUUGGGGCAUUUGGUGCAACGGAACCAGAAGUUCAAAGAGAACCUCCAGACCACCAACUUGCAGAAUCAGAGUGAACUCGAGGAGAAGCAAACCUUAGAGGAGCAGUCGCGUGCUGCCAAUGAGGUCCUUUUCAAGAAGAAGAAGGUCCUGUCGCAGAUUGAGCAGGAGGCUCAGGAGGAUGUGCAGCGGUAUGAGGAGCUGCAGCGCUCCAUGCAACAGUUGGAGGCUCAGGUCAAUGAGCUCACUGCUGCCCGGGACGUGCUGCGGCAGGAUGUGGAGGGCCAACAAGCCAAGACACAGCGUGCGGAGCAGGCGCUGGAAGCAGCUCGAGCUCGGGCAAUCCAGGCUGGUGUGGAUCUGGCUCCCGAGACGCCGGCAGCUGUAGACAUCCAGGCACGAGGAGUGCGGGAGCAGAAUCAGAGCAUGCUCUUUGCCUUGAGCAAUGCGCUCCAAGACUACACGGAGGAUGUUCUUCCGCUCUUUGAGAAUCUCUGCCAAGAGCGUGGUGUGGCACUGCCAUCCCGCCCGCCUUCAGCGGUGUCCAGACCAGGCAGCCGAGGGUCAAGGCGCUUUUCCAUUUUUUGCACUUUCGCAACUUUGAGACAUCCAUUCUAG